AUGGGCAAGAAGAAGUCAUCCACAACCAGUAAUAAUACUAACAACACUGGUGGUAAUUCAAAAUCAAAAGGAGGGUCAUCUUCUAGCUCUGGUGGAUCAUCAAGCAUCGAUGUAAAGACAAAAAAACAAGAAUCGGGAAAGGUACAAAAAGUAGCUUCCAGUUCGAGUGGACAGAAUUCAUCAUCGGAAUCGUCCAGAUCAUACAGAAAAAAGAUCAAUUACAAGCCAUACUCAUCAGUUUUAGAUUUUAUUUAUCAUGCAAACAAAUUAUUGGAUUUAGAAAAACAAGCUGAAGCAGAUGAAGCCGCACUAUCAAGUAAAACGUACAGAUAUGUACAAGUAGAAGAAUAUACAAUGGGAUGCAAUGGUAGAUGCAAUGUCAAGCUUAUCAUGAAAAGUGGAUCUUCUGCCAAAGUUGUGACAGAUUUUGCAAAAGUCGGAGAAUCUGUAACUUUGAAGGUAGCAGAAGGUGGAAGUGAUAAAAAGGAAAAUGAAGUUAAAGUUGUUAGAGGAGUUAUUUCUGUUGUGACAGAUAAAUAUAUAAUUGCUACAAUGGAUGAAUUUUUAGACGAGUGGUAUGAGGCCUCAAAAUUGCUAAUGAACAAGGUAUUAGAUGAAGUUACCUUUAAGCGUUUAGAAAUGGCUCUCAAACAUUUAGAACAUUACGAAAAAACUCCUGCUUCUAAUAUUGUAAACUUGUGCUUUAGACCAAUGUCUGAUGAUGAAAAUGAGGAACUCCUUCCAAAAUUUGCCGAAGAUAGAGAAAUAGAUCAAAUGACAUUUUUCUCAACCACCUUAAAUGAUUCUCAAAAAGAUGCAAUCAAGUUUGCUCUAAAAUCCAAUGACAUGGCACUUAUUCUUGGUCCACCUGGCACAGGAAAGACAACCACAGUAGUUGAGUUAAUAAGGCAAGCAGUUGUUUUGAAAAAGCUCAAAGUAUUGGUCUGCGCUCCAUCCAAUAUUGGCAUUGACAACGUGGUUGAAAAAUUGUCAGACGAAAAUACUGGAUCGACAAAGAAAAUUAAGCUAUGUAGAAUUGGCCAUCCUGCUCGAAUGAUGGACUCCAUUCUUAAACACAGCGUUGAUUAUAACAUUUCUGUCGGAGAGGGAGUGAAGGUCAUUAAUGACAUUAGAAGAGAUAUCAUCAAAAUUUCCAAACAAAUUACAAAGACAAGAGGACUUGAACGGAGACAGCUCAGAGAAGAGCUACGAACUCUUGAGAAGGAAUUAAAACAAAAAGAAAAAGAAGCAAUUCACGAUGUCAUUCGGUUUUCUGAUGUCGUAUUGUGUACACUAACGGGAGCUGACGAUUAUUAUUUAAGAGACAAAACAUUUGAUCUUGUAAUUAUUGAUGAAGCUGCACAGGCCAUUGAAAUGUCUUGUUGGAUUGCCCUCUUGAAGGGUAAAAGAUGUGUAUUGGCAGGAGAUCACUUCCAACUUCCUCCAACUGUGUUAUCACCAGAAGCUCAAAAACAAGGUUUGGAAGUCACAUUGUUUGAAAGAAUGUACUUUAGAUACAAGGAAAAUAUUUCGAGAAUGCUCAAUGUUCAAUAUCGUAUGAACGAGGAAAUUAUGAACUGGUCAAGCAAUGAGUUUUAUGAGGGAAAACUAAUUGCUCAUGACUCUGUUAAAUCUCAUUUACUGUGUGAUCUUGAAGGAGCCUCUCAAGAUGAAGCAGAAACUCUCACACCUUUAUUUAUGAUUGAUACAGCAAACUGCGACAUGGAAGAAUCACAAGUCGACGCUGAAGAGUCCACAGAAUCUCAUAUUUCUAAAAGCAAGAUGAACACAUUUGAAGUUGACCUUGUUGAGAAAUAUCUCAGACAUUUAGUUGAAAAAUGUAAAAUAUCAGAAUCCUUAAUUGGUGUGAUUACUCCAUACUCGGCCCAGGUACAAGCGCUUCGAGCUAAAAUCUCUGAUGAAUUCCCAUUUGUUGAAACCUCCACAGUCGAUGGCUUUCAAGGUCGAGAAAAAGAAGUCAUCAUUAUUUGUACCGUUCGUUCCAAUAAGAAUGGUGAUGUUGGAUUUUUAAGUGAGGAACGAAGAAUGAAUGUGGCUGUCACUCGAGCUCGACGACAAGUGUGUAUCAUUGGAGAUAGCAACACGUUAAAAACCAACCCAUUCUUGAAUCGUAUGGUUCAUUACUUUGAAGAGUUUGCAGAUGUACGAUCUGCGCAUGACUACAUGUAA